CAGGUUAGGGGCGGGGCCAUGGCUCUGCCCCCACGUCACGACGUUGGCUGCGGCUUCCUUGCGGCCUUUGUGCCUUGCGGGCAGUUCGGGGGGGAGGAGCCCAGGGUGUGGUUUUGGUCGGCCGCUCGCUAGGGGUAACCUCUCUGCCCCCCCCCAACGAGUAAUCUCCGGGCCAACCGACACCUUUCCCGCAGAGUACGGGCACCCGCGCGGAGGGAGCAGGCUUCCGGUAGCAGCGACCGGUGCGUGUUGCGGCCCGUAGGUCGCCAUGGGCUUUAUCUUCUCCAAAUCCAUGAGCGACACGCUGAAGAGCCAGCAGGAGCUCGCGCUCGUCAACUCGCGGCUUCAGCUGGAAAGACAGAUACUGAUGCAGAAUCAAAUGAGGGAGAGGCAAAUGGCUAUGCAGAUUGCUUGGACACGGGAAUUCCUCAAGUACUUUGGGUUAUUUUUUGGACUAACUGCUGUCGGUUUAACCACUGGAGCAAUGAAAAAGAAGAAGCCAGGACUUUUACUUCCAAUAGUUCCUUUAAGCUUUAUACUUGCCUACCAGUAUGAUAUGGGAUAUGGGACUCUUCUGCAAAGAAUGAAAGGUGAAGCAGAGAAAAUACUUGACACGGAUAGUGCUCUCCUAGAAUUGCCAAAAGGAGCCAUCACUUUUGAAGGCCUGGAAAAAGCCAGAAGAGCUCAGAGCAAGUUCUUUGUCGAGAAAUAGGAGUAUUUAUAACAAAUCAAGUAUUCAAAGUACAAAAUUGUUUGUUUAUAAUCAUGUUUGAUUUAACAUGUCAGAAUAUUAAAAUUUUCAGAGAAUGUAAUCAGCUUUUAUAAAAUAAAACUACUUUAAUGGGUAUUUUCUAAGGCAAUGGUUUUAUCGUGUUUUCUGUAUUUUUGUAGAUGUUUGUAAUUAGUCACUUUUUGUUAGUCUCCUAACAUGAAACAUUGAAUUUCUACUUUUCAGUACUAAUGCAGUCAAAUGUAUACACUAAUAAAGUACCUCUUUCACUCUACAUUAAGAGGUUAAGAAACGGGUAUAAACAGUGUUCCAUAUUUUCUGAAUUUAGGUAUCUACAAGUCAUCACCUCUCUGUAUUUAGACAUCUGUGUAAAAAAAAAAAAAAAAAAAAAUACCCUGAGUGUUUGUUUUGCUAACACCUAGAACUACAGCUGAAGCCUAUGAGAACUUCAUGUACUUUGCAGUUUUAAUAAUCACUUUUUUUUUACUACUAAACUGUAGUCACACAAUCUUGUCAGCCUGUUACUAAGGAAGGAAAUAUUAAAUUCAUGGUUGAGCAGCAAGAAAAGUUGUU